ACAUCCCCGGCUGGGGGCCCAAUCCGCACCGCUGCACGGAGUGUCCAUCUUCUUCCAGAACAGUCACUCGUUCUCGGCUCCGCCAUUUCCUCUUCCCGAUCGCUGCUCAUCGAGAUUUGUAGGUUCCGAGGUGCUCUUGACCUACUUCCACAAUGGAAGCUAAAGAAUCCAAAAAACCAAGGGACCAUGUGAAAUGGGAUGAAGACAAUUUGAAUGACAUCGAGUCGACCAAACCAGUAAGAGAAAAAAUCACCGAGCCCAAGACACCAUAUCACCCCAUGGUUGAUGAAGAUGAUGGGCCUGUUUCUCCACAAAGAUCUAUUGGCGAAUCAGUGGGUAAGUCCAGUCCUCACGCUGAUGCCAUUAAGAAUGCUUUGAUGGAAGCUGUUUCAAGUGGAAAGUUUUCGGCAAGAGAUAGCUGGGAACCUUGUAGUAAUGAAGAAGAACAAAGAACAGAUUUUGAAGAGCACCGGAAGGCUCACUAUGAUGAAUUCCGUAAGAUGAAGGAAAUGCUUAAGAAGGGAACACCACCUGACGAGGGUGAUGAAGAUGGGAAUCACAAAGACAGCAAGGAGGGAUGCUGAACUGUUCGGAGAAUUUUCGCCUCUCAGUCCGUGCCACAGCUCAGAAGCAUGACAAGCGAAUCUCCUCCUCUUCGGUUUGGAGAAUUUUCAAAGAAAAAUUAGAGGAAAUGAACUGUUUCAACGAAAAUUUUGUGAAAUUAUUGUGUUCUGGAGAGACCCUCAGCAUGUUAACUAUUGUUUGGAGUGUUUUAUGGUUCAGGAAUCGACCCGACUAUAGAGGUGUACUAACCUUAAACC